AGCAACAGAAAACAGCAUGAACUCUCCAGAUCACCCCGUCCCUGCACUCCUGUGCCUUCUCCUUGUAUCUUCUCAGGUCACUGGUGGGCUGGCUACCAGAAGACAACAGAAGCCUGGCACAGGUGAUGUGAAUGGUAUGAAUGUCCUCCUCAUAAUUGUCGAUGACCUCCGGACAAGCCUUGGCUGUUAUGGUGACAAUAUUAUAAAGUCUCCGAACAUUGAUCAGCUGGCAUCUAAAAGUGUUGUGUUUACAAAUGCAUAUGCUCAGCAAGCAGUGUGUGCCCCCAGCAGAGUGUCCUUCUUAACAGGACGAAGACCUGAUACCACCAGACUGUUUGACUUUAACUCGUACUGGAGGGAGCAUGCCGGGAACUACUCCACCCUACCACAGUAUUUUAAAGAACAUGGUUAUGUGACUAUGUCUGUCGGGAAGGUUUUCCACCCAGGCAUUUCAUCUAAUCGGAGUGAUGACUAUCCAUACAGUUGGUCUGUUAGGCCUUACCACCCAUCUUCAGAGAAGUAUGAGAAUGAAAAGACCUGCAAAGGUAAAGAUGGACAGCUUCAUGCCAACUUGGUUUGUCCAGUAGAUGUUUCGGAAGUUCCAGAGGGAACAUUACCAGAUAUACAAAGCACAGAAGAAGCCAUAAGGCUCUUAAAAACUGUCAAUCAGCAGAAUUCUUCUUUUUUCCUGGCAGUUGGGUAUCAUAAGCCUCAUAUUCCAUUCAGAUUUCCAAAGGAGUUCCUUAAGCUAUACCCCAUUGAAAACAUUUCCUUGGCACCUGACCCUGACGUACCUAAGAAUCUUCCUUCUGUUGCUUAUAACCCUUGGACAGACAUUCGUAAGCGACAGGACGUUCAGGCAUUGAACAUCAGCUUUCCAUAUGGCCCCGUUCCUCUACACUUCCAGCGUUUAAUUCGUCAGAGUUAUUAUGCCUCCGUUUCUUACUUGGACAGUCAAGUUGGCCAGUUGUUAAGUGCAGUGGAGAAUCUAGGACUGGCAGAUGACACCAUUAUAGCUUUUGCCUCUGAUCAUGGGUGGUCUUUAGGAGAGCAUGGUGAAUGGGCCAAGUACAGCAAUUUCGAUGUGGCUACUCGUGUGCCAUUGAUGUUUUAUGUACCAGGGAUGAUGACCACAAAACGGACUCAGCAAAGCAUCUUUACCUAUCUAGAUCCCUUUAAUAUUGAACCCAUGAGGAAACCUCCAGGUAAAAUCGAGGAAGAGCCUGUUGAAUUAGUUUCUCUGUAUACAACCAUUGCUGAACUUGCUCGACUUCCUCUCCUACCAGACUGUCCCGUCCCUUCAUUUCAUGUUGAGUUAUGCACUGAGGGACGAAGUCUUCUUCCAUACUUUGAUACGGCUAGGAAGAAAAAUACAGAAAGUGUAGCUUACAGCUCUUAUCCCCGACCUUCUGAUACUCCCCAGUGGAACUCAGACUUACCCGAUCUGAAAGACAUCAGAAUUAUGGGAUAUUCCAUGAGAACAAGUACCUACAGAUUUACCCUAUGGGUUGGAUACAACCCUGUGACUUUUGAAGCUAACAUUACGGAUAUUCAUGCACAAGAAUUAUAUCUCGUCAAAACGGAUCCCAAUCAAGACAACAACUUGUUCAACAAGUCCUUACAUUUUGAUUUAGCUCAGAAGGUUUUUGGACACACAUUGAAGUGAUUGAAAAAAUCCAUAUUUUGUAUAAAUAAUUGUAGAAAGUUAUAACAUGUAAAUACUUUUUAUAUAUUAUUCUCCUAAUUUAUAGGUUAUAUUUUUCUAUACUAUUUAAAAAUAAAAAUACACAGAAACCCUGAUUGUUCACAACCUUUUCUAAUUGGUAUGGCAGGAGGACGUCUAUGAGUCUGUAAACUGUCUCAAGGAGAACCUAGCAGAGCCAAUUAAAAGCAAAGGGGCACAUGGCUCAGCUGAGUCUUUUCUCCCUUUUUGUUUCUGAGAUUGUGGAGGUCUUAACACCUAGACCUCCACCAACCCAAAUUUUUGAUAUGUCGCUAUUUCAUGUCAAAAGGUUUUAACAUGAUAGGUACUUUAUAAUUUGGCUAAAUACAUAUAUGUACAGUUCAGGAAGUAAGCUGGAGAAAUAUUAUUGCUUAAAGGAGUUUUCUGAGUGUUUAAUACAGAUGUCCUGUCCUCAGAAUAGGUCAUCAUUAUCAGACUGGUGGGGUCCGACUCGAGGCAUCUUCACUGUUCAGCUGUUUGAAGAGGCCGCAGUCAGUGACGUCACGUUCAUUAGUCGUAUGGCUUAGGUACAGCUCAGUCUCAUUCAAGUGAGUUCUGGGUGAGCUGCAAGAAGACCAUGGCUCUUAUCGGCGUGCCACAGCCUCCUCAAGUUGGGGAGGUGGACCUCCCACUGAUCUCAUUUUGAUGACCUAUCCUGAGGAAAGGCCAUCAAUAUGAAAUUCUUGCAAAACCCCAGUAAGUGACAAUACAUUACGACUAUGAGUGAAUUCAUGUUUGGAGCAUGGUUUUCCCUUAAACGAAGAGCUUACUGGGGUCAGACACUCCAUCCAGCCAAUCCUGCACCUUUGAUAUUGACUGAAUAUAUGACUAAAGCUUAUGAGACAAACCAAGAUGUUCCAAGUCUCGCAGAUCUAGCUGCACAGUUUUGAGUUUUGGAAGCUAUCCUGGGAGUCCCCUACCUGUCCUGAGAGGGCAGUUUCUGCAUAGUUUUCUCAGAAGCAGAAUUAGAAGAGACUGCUAUCAGUUUUUCAGUGGCAACUACCGCAGCAAAACUACAAAUGGAAACUUAAAGGGGUUA